AUGCUCCCCUACUCGUGCAUCGCCUUGAUUGCUCUGUCGUCGACGCUCGUCGACGCGCAAUUCAGUCGUGCCGGACAAUCGCAGAUUCUCAAUGCGCACAACGCGAUGCGCUCGAAGAUUGCCAAAGGCGCCUACGUCGCCAAGGGCAUCCGAAAACCAUCGGCCUCGAACAUGCUCAAAAUGAAAUGGGACGCCGGUGUGGCGGCGAGCGCGCAGGCCUACGCCAACAGAUGCCCGACGGGCCAUUCGCACGCCGCCGGUCUCGGCGAGAACCUCUACUGGUAUUGGACGUCGGCGAGUCUUGGUGAUCUCAACAAAUACGGAGCCAUGGCAACGAAAUCAUGGGAAGACGAGUUCCAAAAAUUCGGCUGGAGGAGCAACAAAUUGGACGCGGCUCUGUUCAACACCGGCAUCGGACACGCUAGCCAAAUGGCGUGGGCCGGCACGGGACUCAUCGGAUGCGGUGUGAAGGCGUGCGGAAAAGAACGCGGAGUGAACAAGGUCACAGUGGUGUGCCAAUACAAGAAACCUGGCAACUAUUUGGGUCAGAAUAUCUACGAAAGCGGAGCGACGUGCUCGAAGUGUCCAUCGGGAAGCAGAUGCGAAUCCUCAACAGGACUUUGCGCUUAG